AUGGCGGAGGAGAGCAUGAAGCUGCGGUGUGGUGUGUACGGCGAAGGGAGUGUCUUCUCCCUCGAAAUCGAGCGCAACGCGGAUGUGGAGGUGCUGCAGGAGAAGAUCGCUGGCAUCUUGAGUACCGAGCAGCACACUGUCCCCCCAAAGUUGUUGACGCUGUACAUGGCGGGGAAGAAGGAAGGGGAGAGAACCAAGUGGCUGUCGGGUGGUAAGAAUGUGGACGACUUGCUGCAAGGAGACGUCGACCACACGUACCAGAAGAUGUUUUCGUGGUGGAAGCUCAACAAAAAGGAGUUGUUUGGGCCGAGUUUCACGCCCGCAGAUGAAGAAGUGAUCCACGUGCUGGUGGACAAGUUCGAUGUGAAGCGACAGCGAGUUGAGCAUAGCACGUCGGACAAGUUCGAUGUGAAGCGACAGCGAGUUGAGCAUAGCACCUCGCUAGCGGAGCUAUGGGAGCACUCGGAGUUGCAACUGGCGGUUUUGCCUGCUCCACACCAGCUGGCAGAGCUCCUCCAGAAGCCAUUGCCGUUCAGACUGACGCUGCGCGAUUCGGUGGUUGCCAAUCGUGUCUUCAGUCCGAAUGGACCACUCAUUACAUGCCCGGAUCUCACGCUAUGGAUGGACCAUUUCCUAGUGUUGAAUGUGUUUCGUCGACCUGAAGCAACAGCAUCCAAUACCUAUUGGCAGUGCUACUAUAAUGCAUUGCUCUUGAUUCCGAUUUCCCUUUGGCACGAGAAGGGCUUUUUGGUUCGAGAACACAGAUAUCUCGCCGAUGAAACAGGAACUACCAGUCUACGAAAGCGACCGGACUAUAUCCUCCAAUACAAGGGACUCCUCUUGAUGCGUGGAGAAGAAAUGAGUUCUUUGGAGUCAAUAGCCAAGGCACGAGCGGAAUUGACGACCAAGAUGUACCGGUGGAAUGUGAUGCUUUAUGGAGAUCUCCUAUACAUGUUGGGCUACGCUACUUCCGGGAGUGAUCUACAAGUGGUGGCAAUCGAAAGAUCUGACGGACCGUGUCGCGCAACUGUGAUACUCGACUUCAACAUCUUCGAGGAUAAAGCUGGUGCUCUGAAGGUGUUUUACAACUUGGCGUUCUUGCUCCACAAGAUGGCCAAGUUGACGAAGCGAUCGUAUGCGUGUGAUCUCGUGCCAUUCGUACCCGAUGAAAACGAGAAGCGGAAGAUCGUGCUGCUGGAUGGUUUUAUCGAACGGACGAUCCAACGUACACAGAGCGGUGGUGAAAUGGACGUUGAGCGACUCAAAAGCGUAUACGAGACUCUGCAAGGAUUAGAUGAAAGCAGCCCCGUGACGCAUUUGCAGACCGUGGAAAAGUUGUCGGUGAAGCGAGACGGCCGUUUGGUCGUGGAACUGUCUCCGAUUGGUUAUCUGCGACUUCCAACAAUCGACGAGCUGAGCGAGUGGUUGCGACAUAUGCUGACAGCGUUGAAGUAUUGGCACGGGUGCGGGUACUGCCACGGUGAUAUUCGUUGGCGUAACAUUGUGCUGGUGCCGACCUCUGGAUUCAGCUAUUGGGUGUUGAUCGACAUGGAUGAGUCACGCCAACCCAACACAACGACUAUUCGGUGGAACCAUCGGUAUCAUGGUCACAAAUUACGAUUCCAGCACGACUUGUGUCAGCUUGGUCAGCUGAUGGGGGAGCUUCCCUUCGAGUUAUCCCACGAUCUGACGACUAUGCAAGCGAUGCUUCAAUCAGCGGUAGAUACGCCAGAGUUGACUGCAGAAGUUGCGCUCGCAACGCUGGAGGCGCGCAUUUGA